GUUAUAAUUCCUUCAGUCAAUAUAGAGCUGUCAUUGUGAACGACGGUCGUUCACGCGACGCUCGAAUACAUAAUACGGUUUGAUAUCAGAAACCUUGGAAAGAAAAUUUCAAAAUUGAAAAGCGAAAACCAAAGAGAAAUCACAAGAUAAUGAUAACGGUAACGAGUGCGUCGUGCGGUUCUGCGGCUGAUCGAGGUUCAAUCGAAGUGAAAAAUUCAACGUUCCUAAUUAGACUGAUUUCCAAAUUUCUGAAAAACUUUCUAAUCAUCAUUAUCACAAUUAUAAGUGUGACUGGAUUAAAUAAUUCGGUGUCAUUAGCACGCGCUCUAAAUAUAGAACCAAACAAUGACAAACCAUGUGUGGUGGGUGACGCGUGGGCGGCAGAAUGCAUGAGUUGCGUAUGUUUGGAGAACCGAGUUGCGUCUUGUAAGCCAUCAUUUUGCGCUACUCGUCUUCGACGUGAAUUGGAUGAUUGUAAAGAAGGAGAGAUUACGCAUGUUGACUGCAACACCUGCCACUGUAAAAACAACGAGAGAAUAUGUACCAAAUAUGAUUGCGGAGGUAAGGGGGCCGCAACGGGUCACCAGGUAAAUAAACAUGGCGCCAAAAAAAUGACAAAGAAAAAAGAGACCAAAAGGACCAGAAGGGUCAAGGAUAGAGCCUAAAAGUCUGAAAUAAUGUGUAAUAAUAUUACUGAAUUAAAAAUUUAUCAUCAAGCUGUUCCAUGUGUCGAGCGUAUAAUGUUAUAUACAUACCUAUAUUGUCAAUUUAUUUGAUCACGAUUGCGCGUGGAAUUAUUCGAUUUCGCGCGAUACGAUCUGUACAAUAAUAAAGUGCAGCGAUAGUGUUGGA